AGAGACCGGCUGCGUUGUUUUGCUGCCGAGACAACUAGCUAGCUAUCCAGCGGUGCUAGCAAACAAACAAACAACUAAACUGAAUAUGGCUGGAACUUCAUCAGUAGCUGGUGAAGUAUUUGUCGAUGCCCUACCGUAUUUUGACCAGGGUUAUGAUGCAGCCGGCGUCAGAGAGGCGGUAAGUAUCUACUCUAUACAUAGCUACCAGUUGCUAACUAGCUAGCAUCAGACAUGAGCUAGCUGAGAAACGCUCAACUCCGUUCUCUUAAAGCCAUUCAUAAUACACAAUAUAGAAAAACAGAGUAUACAACGGAGUAUACAAACAGUCAGGGGAACCCAGAGAAAUGAUAAAGACCAUUAUAGCAAGUUUUGAUUGCUUUUUUGUUAUGAGAAGAAAAUAUUUAUAUAUUGUUCAAUUUCAUUCGCAAAAAUAGUUUUCCAACUCAAAUUUACAUUUAUGAAUAUAGAAUUUAUCUAAAAUAACAGGUUGAUUUAAGAAGAAAGGCUUUGCAUAGUCUUUGCUAUACUUUGUAAAACCUAAUCACAUUUUCAGUAUCGCGUGUGUUCUGGUAAGGAAACUGAGUCGGAUGCACUCAUGCACAGGUAGACGAUAGCAACAAAUCAUUACAAGCAAACUGUUUUGAAGCACUUAUUAAAUCUUCCAUAAUCAAAAUGAUACCAAAUCGUUUGUUUCAUUUUCGUGUAUUAUAAAAAAAUCAGUAGCCUUCAUUAGCCUAAUGGGGUGCUGUUCAGCAAAUGUUAAAGCAAGAUGUGUUUACAGUAAUGACAUACAAACACCAUAGUUUGAUCUAAGUGAGCUAUAAUUUUUUUUUUGUAUUUCAUUAAAGAAAGAUUAUACAUUUAAAGUGUUAAUUACAUUGUAUUGGUCUAUCCCCACAUUCUUUAUCAUUUUUAAAAAGUAGUUAUAUUACAGUGAACUUCGACCCCUAUACUUGUUUUUUUGUUUGUUGAUGUGCUACUAGUAGAUCAUUAGUCCAGUGUGAUGACCAUUGCAUACCGUAAGAUGCCCAUAUUAUGCCAUCUUAAAAUAUGGGGUAAAAUAAUUGGUUGUUAUACACAGUGUACAAAACAUUAGGACCACCUUCCUAAUAUUGAGUUGCACCCCCUUUUGCCCUCAGAACAGCCUCAAUUCGUUGGGGCAUGGACUACAAGGUGUCGAAAGCGUUCCACAGGGAUGCUUGCCCGUGUUGACCCCAAUGCUUCCCACAGUUGUCAAGUUGGCUGAAUGUCCUUUGGGUGGUGGACCAUUCUUGAUACACACAGGAAGCUGUUGAUUGUGGAAAACCCAGCAGCGUUGCUGUUCUUGACAGACUCCAACCAGUGCGCCUGGCACCUACUACUACUACCCUGUUCAAAGGCACUUAACUUUUGUCUUGCCCAUUCACCCUCUGAAUGGCACACAUACACAAUCCAUGUCUCAAGGCUUAAAAAUCAUUUAUUUAACAUGUCUCCACCCCUUCAUCUACACUGAUUGAAGUGAAUUUAAUAGGUGACAUCAAUAAGGGAUCAUAGCUUUCACCUGGUUAGUCUGUCAUGGAAAGAGCAGGUGUUCCUAAUUUUUUGUGCACUCUGUGUAUAUUACAGUGAACUUUGAGGGUGCCCAUAUUAUGCCAGCUUAAAGAUGUUUUGUGACUUGUGCCACUAGUAGAUUAAUAAUCCAUUGCAAAGCAUAACAUGCCCAUAUUAAGCCAGCUACAAUAUUGGAACAAUACUUGCUUGCUGUAUAUUACAUUUAAACUUUCAGGAACCUACAGUUGAUGUCUGAAGUUUCAUACACCUUAGCCAAAGACAUUUAAACUCAGUUUUUCACAAUUCCUGACAUUAAAUCCUAGUAAAGAUUCCCCGUCUUAGGUCAGUUAGGAUCACCACUUUAUUUUAAGAAUGUGAAAUGUCAGAAUAAUAGUAGUGAUUUUAUUUCAGCUUUUAUUUCUUUCAUCACAUUCCCAGUGGGUCAGAAGUUUACAUACACUCAAUUAGUAUUUGGUAGCAUUGCCUUUAAAUUGUUUAAUUUGCGUCAAAUGUUUCAGGUAGCCUUCCACAAGCUUCCCACAAUAAGUUGGGUGACUUUUGGCCCAUUCCUCCUGACAGAGCUGAUGUAACUGAGUCAGGUUUGUAGGCCUCCUUGCUCGCACAUGCUUUUUCAGUUCUGCCCACAAAUUGUCUAUAGGAUUGAGGUCAGGGCUUUAUGAUGGCCACUCCAAUACCUUGACUUUGUUGUCCUUAAGCCAUUUUGCCACAACUUUGGAAGUAUGCUUGGGGUCAUUGUCCAUUUGGAAGACCCAUUUUGACCAAGCUUUAACAUCCUGACUGAUGUCUUGAGAUGUUGCUUCAAUAUAUCCACAUAAUUUUCCUUCCUCAUGAUGCCAUCUAUUUUGUGAAGUGCACCAGUCCCUCCUGCAGCAAAGCACCCCCACAGCAUGAUGCUGCCACCCCCGUGCUUCACGGUUGGGAUGGUGUUCUUCGGCUUAAUCUACCCCCUUUUUCCUCCAAACAUAACGAUGGUCAUUAUGGCCAAACAGUUCUAUUUUUGUUUCAUCAGACCAGAGGACAUUUCUCCAAAAAGUACGAUCUUUGUCCCCAUGCGCAGUUGCAAACCGUAGUCUGGCUCUUUUUUAUGGCGGUUUUGGAGCAGUGGCUUCUUCCUUGCUGAGCGGCCUUUCAGGUUAUGUCGAUAUAGGACUAGUUUUACUGUUGAUAUAGAUACGUUUGUACCCGUUUCCUCCAGCUUCUUCACAUGGUCCUUUGCUGUUGUUCUGGGAUUGAUUUGCACUUUUCACACCAUCUCUAGGAGACAGAACGCGUCUCCUUCCAGAGCGGUAUGACGGCUGCGUGGUCCCAUGGUGUUUAUACUUGCGUACUAUUUGUACAGAUGAACGUGGUACCUUCAGGCGUUUGGAAAUUGCUCCCAAGGAUGAACCAGACUUGUGGAGGUCUACAAUUAAUUUUUCUGAGGUCUUGGCUGAUUUUCCCAUGAUGUCAAGCAAAGAGGCACUGAGUUUGAAGGUAGGCCUUGAAAUACAUCUACAGGUACACCACUAAUUGACUCAAAUGAUGUCAAUUAGCCUAUCAGAAGCUUCUAAAGCCAUGACACAUUUUCUGGAAUUUUCCAAGCUGUUUAAAGGCACAGUCAACUUAGUGUAUGUAAACUUCUGACCCACUGGAAUUGUGAUACAGUGAAUUAUAAAUGAAAUAAUCUGUCUGGAAACAAUUGUUGGAAACAUUACUUGUCAUGCACAAAGUAGAUGUCCUAACCGACUUGCCAAAACUAUAGUUUGUUAACAAUACAUUUGUUGAGUGGUUGAAAAACGAGUUUUAAUUACUCCAACCUAAGUGUGUGUAAACUUCUGACUUCAACUGUAAUUCAAUUUUAACCAGCGGUUGGAACAGGUUCAGGGAACAGAACAGAAAACCAGAUAGAUUUGAGGAACAGAACCCGAGAACGAAAGUAAUCUAGACUGUUCUGAACAGAACUGUUAUUUUAAAAAGCAUGGGAACUGGCUAAUAACGUUAUUUUACGUUCCGGGCAUUUUUUUCAAGUCCCACAAAAAAACGCAGCCAGGCGCCUAUGCAAAGCCCUCACUGUCACUCAAACGUAUUCCAGUGUCUGCCUGCCAGCUGAAAAUCUUUGGCUGUGUGUGUGUGUAGGCUACCUACCCCGCCCCUCUCCCUCCAAAGCAUAGUCUACUGUAGCUACUGACGUUACAGGUGUGAUUUUGAAAUUGGGGAGGGAGAUUUUUAGAGAAGAAUGGAUUAACGUUUUCAAUGCUAAUUAAAGGAUACUAGGCCCACACAGAUCAUAUAUGAAAUUAAUAGCGAUUCUAUGUAAUUCUAUUAUUACACUUAGGCUAUAAAAAAAUAAGUGUGUGCGCGCGCUUGGGUGUCCUGUUCCGGUAAAAAAUGUAAUCUACUUUCACCACUGGUUAGGUUUAGGGUAGGGAUGUUCCAAGGAUCCCGGAUAGCACUGGCGGAUUCCAUUGGAGAACGGAGUUGAGCGUUCCUCAUCUAGCCUGCCAGCUGAAAAUCUUUGCCAGUGUGCAUGUGUAGGCAAUCUGCCCCUCCGAAGGUUAGGCUAUUGUAGCCUACUGACGUUACAAGCGUGAUUCAGAAAUUAGGGAGAGAUUUUUAAUUAACUUUUUCAAUGCUAGUUACGAAUACUAUAGUUAUCACGUUUCACAUUGGAUUUAUUAACUACAAAAAGGUAAGACGUGUUUUUAAUUCUGGUGCCGCUCUGCACACACAAGCUUGUUAUCUCAGGCAACGUUAAGCCAACUCUCGGAAGUUCAAAGAUUUGUCAAAGCCGCUCCUCCGUAGGUAUAAUUCUGUUGGCCUAAUUCAGAUAAUACAUGUCGUAACAAGAUGCCCAGCGCGUCAAGCCAAACUUCCUCCUCCAUCCUCUCUUGCUCUCUUCCCAUCCGCAAAAUUUCUGUCACAUCUCGUGCCCUACACUUGUCUGUCCAUCGCGCAUGUAAACAACUAUAGCUUGCCCGCACCAUAGCAAGCGGAUCUAUCCGCACCGAUUGGUGAAGUAAUUUAAUGUCGAGCUAAUGUAAAAAAAAAAAAAUGAUUUCAGAGGUUUAGAAAGGAAAGAUAUAAACUGGUACUUUUGGGGGGGUUCAAACCGGUUCAGAACUUUAUUUUGUAGGUCAGAACAGUGGAACUGAACGAAAAAAAAUAAUGGUUCAGAACAAACUAUUGGAAAAUAAUUUACGUUCCAACCCCUGCUUUUAGGUCACCUCAGUUACAAGUCUAGCUAGUCUACUGUACUAGUAUGCUGUCUGUUAAUCUGUUAAAUGAUGUAAAUGUAUUAAUUUCCAUACACAGGCUGCAGCCUUGGUAGAGGAGGAGACUCGCCGAUACAGACCCACCAAGAACUACCUCAGUUAUAUGCCAACACCUGAUUUCACUACAUUUGAAGUAAGUACCACAUACACAGUUCCUCAUGCAAUAAAAAAAGGCAUAAAUUAAUAUGUACACUAUAAUGCCGUGCCAUAUGGCUGGCUUUUGACUGACUCAUCACUGUCAACUGUGUAAUCUACACUGCUCUACAAUGACAUUAUGUGAAGCAAAUACUAAUGCUUAUAUCACCCAUCAGACUGAAAUCAUGAGGAAUGAGUUUGAGAGGCUAGCAGCCCGGCAGCCCCUUGAACUUCUCAGCAUGAAGAGGUAAACCCAGUCUACUCUUUUGCUCAGAGCAAGAACAGUCAUGUUAAAAAAAGCUUGCUAACUUUCAAUCCCCCAUUCAGUUCUAACUUGAUGCAUUCUCAGAGUGUACACAACUGUUUCUGUUUCACCUGUGCAGAUAUGAGCUUCCAGCUCCAUCGUCAGGGCAGAAGAAUGACAUCACUGCAUGGCAGGACUGUGUGAACAACUCCAUGGCUCAGCUGGAGCAUCAAGCAGUGCGCAUUGAGAACCUGGAACUCAUGGCACACUACGGCACCAAUGCAUGGAAGGUCUACAAUGAGUGAGUCAGUGGCUGCUGCUUGUGCCCAGUAGAGCUCUUCAUUUAUUUUUGUUUCCAAGAAAGAGUCAGGGGGGACAACCAAACUGAUUUGAAUUAAGCUAACAAAUGGGGUUUGAUAGUGAUUUAAUUUGAUACUAUAGGAGAUCAGUCUUUUAGUCUUUUUACUUGUCAGUUUAGUCCUUUUUCAAAUCAAAUCAUAUUGUAUUUGUCACAUGUGCCGAAUACAAACCUUACAGUGAAAUGCUUACUUACAAGCACUUAACCAACAAUGCAGUUUUAAGAAGAAAAAGUGUUAAGUAAAAAAUAGAUAACUAAAAAAUAAAAAUAACGAAUAAUUAAAGAGCAGCAGUAAAAUAACAGUAGCGAGGCUAUAUACAGGGGGUACCGGUAUAGAGUCAAUGUGCGGGGGCACAGGUUAGUAGGUAGAGUUAGUGACUAUACAUAGAUAAUAAACAGAGAGUAGCAGCAGCGUAAAAGAGGGGGUGGGGGGGGGGGGGAACAAUGCAAAUAGUCCGGGUAGCCAUUUGAUUAGCUGUUCAGGAGUCUUAUGGCUUGGUGGUAGAAGCUGUUAAGAAGCCUUUUGGACCUACACUUGGCGCUCCGGUACUGCUUGCCGUGUGGUAGCAGAGAGAACAGUCUAUGUAUAACUAAUGAUGCAGUCUACCAAAGUCACUUGAUUUCUUAACAUAUAGACAAUAUAUAUUUUUACACAUGCUUGUCCUGAAGGGUAACGUAUAGGUUCACAGGAAUUUUGACGUUGCCUUCAUCUUUGUCAUUAUUUCCACUCCACAGUAACCUGGCCUUUAUGAUUGAAUUGGCUCAAAAAGAACUACAGAAAUGUAGGUAAGUAAAUGGUGUGAAAAUGUUGCGUUACAAUUUCCAGGUCGUGCAUCACAUUCCUCAUGGUUAGCUUGUUUAGUAAUAGUUUUGGACUGUGACACAAACUGUGUCAACAAGCUUCUGCCUAUACAGUAUAUAUUUUUAACAGCCUUUUCUGUUGUGUGUGUCAUUUAUACAGAAAGCAGAUUCAGGACUUGAACUGGCAACGGAAGAAUGAUCAGCUUGCAGGCGGGGCCAAGCUGAGAGAGCUGGAGUCAAAGUCAGUUCUGUGAAUGUUGUAUUUUUCAUUACUGUUCUCUCAAAUGUGGUAUGAUUUCUAAACCCUUGCCAUCUCUCUUGUAACAGUUGGGUGUCCCUCGUAAGUAAAAACUAUGAGAUUGAACGUGCCAUCGUCCAGUUGGAGAAUGAAGUUGGACAGCGCAAACAGCAGCAUGGUGACGAGAACAAGGAAAACAUUCGACAGGACUUCUAGAACCAGAACCUUGUACAAGAGACGUUCUACAAAAAAGGAAAUGUUGAGCUUGCAGCUGAGAACAACGAAAACUAAUGUGUAAAGAACAGGACUGGCACUCCAAACUUUAAGAACCUACUUGCCUUGGCUGCACAGCUUCUUAUGAGAGAAAGUCUUUACAUUAGUCUGACAGUGACCAUUGAAAAACUAUUGGCCCUGUGUAGAGCAUAUUCAGUGUACCUAGAGAUCACUUCAGAGGUGAACUGUGAAUUUUGGUGUAUUUAAAAUAAAAAAAUAAAAAGAUUGUCAAUUUAAGUUCUAAAAUGAGGUAGAGUUAAGAAUAACUAAUGAUGCAGUCUACCAAAGUCACUUGAUUUCUUAACAUAUAGACAAGUACCUGUGCACAAAAACAUGCUAGCAUGUGUUUAAGUGCAUGUUAUGGUGAAGAAAAUAAUUUCCAAACUGAUCAACUUCAACAUAGCAAAGUUGUUUGAAUUUUUUACUACUUUGUGAUACAAAAGUUUUUGUGCAUGUAGGCAAUUAUUAUUAUUUUUACACUAUUAUAAUAAAUGUGUCGAG